UGGAGACUCAGGCAGAGACGGAGAGUGUAGCGCGAGCUCUGCUUUGUGUGGCUAAAAUGGCGGCCGCAGCUCGAUUCCACCUCCUAUAUGCCCCUCCGCUAUCCAAAUCGUCGGUGCUCUUAUCCAGAUUUCCUCACUCAUUGCGGCCUUUCUCAGCCGCCAACGCCAAUCUCCGCACCUCUCACCUCCGCAAUUUCUCCGCCACUCCGCCACUCUGCUCCUCCUCAUCUGACGCAGUUCCAGAGGCUUUCGUGAGUUCUGAAUCGAGUUCAUCCAUAGUCGGCGACCUUCUGGACUACCUCAAUGAGUCAUGGACUCAAUUCCAUGCCACAGCUGAAGCUAAACGACAACUAAUUGCUGCUGGAUUUCAUUUGCUGAAUGAGAAUGAGGAAUGGGACCUAAAACCUGGUGGACGCUACUUCUUUACUCGGAAUAUGUCCUCUUUGGUUGCCUUUGCCAUUGGGAAAAAGUAUUCAAUUGGAAAUGGCUUUCAUAUAAUUGCAGCUCAUACAGAUAGCCCAUGUAUGAAGCUGAAGCCAAGGUCUGCUUCAUGCAAAUCUGGCUACCUUAUGGUCAAUGUGCAAACAUAUGGUGGUGGUUUGUGGCACACUUGGUUUGAUAGAGAUCUGACUGUAGCUGGAAGGGUGAUUUUAAGAGCAGAGGAUGGUUCCUUCCUGCAUAGGCUUGUCAAAGUGAAGCGGCCUCUUUUGCGAGUACCAACUUUGGCUAUUCAUCUAAACCGCACUGUGAAUCAGGAUGGAUUUAAGCCAAAUCUUGAGACUCACCUUGUUCCACUGCUGGCCACAAAGCCUGAGAAUGGUUCUGAUGAGUCUGCGGAGAAAACUAAUGGAUCGUCCUCAAAAGACGUGCACCAUCAACUACUUUUGCAGAUCUUGUCUGAUGAAUUGGGCUGCAAGGUUGGUGAUAUAGCUAGUAUUGAGUUAAAUAUUUGUGAUACCCAACCUAGUUGCCUUGGAGGUGCCAAUAAUGAGUUCAUAUUUUCUGGAAGAUUGGAUAACCUUGCAUCAAGUUUUUGCUCAUUGAGGGCUCUUGUAGAUUCAUGCUCCUCACCUGAAGAUUUAGUGAAUGAGGAUGCAAUCCGAAUGAUAGCUCUUUUUGAUAAUGAAGAGGUUGGUUCAGAUUCAUAUCAAGGAGCUGGAGCGCCAACUAUGUUUGAGGCCAUCAGACGUAUUACCUAUUGCUUAGGUCAUCAAUCUGUUGGAGAAUCAAUUUUUGCACGUUCGAUCCGCCAUUCCUUCCUUGUGUCUGCGGACAUGGCUCAUGGAGUUCACCCAAAUUUUACUGACAAGCAUGAAGAGCACCACCGCCCAGAGUUGCAGAAAGGGCUUGUUAUCAAGCACAAUGCAAGUCAGCGCUAUGCGACAAGUGGAGUUACAUCUUUUCUUUUCAAAGAAGUUGCAAGAAUCCACAACCUUCCGACUCAGGAUUUUGUGGUUAGAAAUGAUAUGGGAUGUGGAUCGACUAUAGGUCCCAUACUUGCUUCAGGGGUUGGUAUUCGCACAGUUGAUUGUGGCAUUGCUCAGUUAUCCAUGCACAGUGUGAGAGAGAUAUGUGGAAAGGAAGAUAUUGAUAUUGCAUACAAGCACUUCAAGGCAUUUUAUCAGACUUUCUCAAGUGUUGACAGGAAGCUGAAUGUGGACUGCUGAUAGGUCUCCCAGAUUUCAUUUGGUUGGUGACAGAAUUGGAGACAUGGUUUCCACAGUUCAACUUAGCUGCUUCUAGCUUCUGUUUCAGCUCAGACAGUGAAGUGUGGUUUUCCUGGUUGAAGCAUUGAGCUGUUUUGCUAGCCUCUUUUUUCGUGAAUAACCUGAUAUUUUCACCAAUACAGAUCAAGGCUUUCUUUGUCCAUGCUAAAGUGCUCAAGUCCUGAAUGACAAAAAUCGACAAGGCAAGUGCUUGAAGAAGAAAGGACCAUAUUUUGUAAACUUGUUGAUACAUGCUGAAAACAUUAUAUUUUUAAAUUAAAAAUUAGAAUACUAGACAUCAAGGGAGCAGCAGCAGAGAAUUGAUAAAGAUGUUUACUUUGAUUGAAUAUCAUAGUAUAUGCAGCACAAUACCAUUGCAAUUUUAGUGUUUUUAAGUUGUGA